AUGGAUGUGAAAGUUUAUAAAUAUGAUCAGUUUCAAUUAAAGUUGUGUUAUCAAGAAUUAACAGCAUUAAAAAUCACAAAGCGAGAUGUGUUACCUCAUUAUUUCUGCUAUGAAUGUGCCAUACUUCUUCAUAAGUUUGUUAAGUUCAAACAAAAAUGUUAUGAAGGUCAGAAAGAGCUGAGAGCUUUGUUGGUGCGUGGCAAGAUCACUCAUGACUCCGUGCGUAGAUUGAAAUUAAAGAGUACGAAGUUUAAGCCGACCUUAGAAGUAUUAACGCUUAAUAAACGCGUUAGAACGUUUACGUUCACCGACCGAAAACGGAUCCGAAGAAAACUCUCCGAGUGUGUAGAAGCUGUAGUCACAGCCAGCAGUCCUGAAAUAGUCAGUGCUGGCGAAGAAAAUGAGGGUAGCGAAGAGAGAAAUACUGAUACGUCGGUGGAUAUUCCGGAGACUGUUCCAGAUGACGUCAAAGACGAACCGAACGAUUUGAUCUUUGACCUGCAUGAGGAAGCUGACGAUCCAGACGAUCUAGACUUCAAUCCGGCGGAAGACAAUGCGAUGAGUCUGACGACUGUGUUCAUUACCGAGAAGGAGAUAUUGAAGACAGAGGAAGUCGUUGUCGAGCAAGUGGACGAAACCAACGGCGGCAACGACGUGGCUGUAGACAAAUACGCAGGGCUGAUCGCGAGGAGACGCAAGAACAGCGUCGCGAGCAAGAAGGACUUUAAGAGGAGAAGGCAGAGGAAGAUAGAGGGGGUGAGGAACAAUUGGGGGGACCGAAAGUACAAGUUCACGGUGAGGCAGAGGAGAUGUUUGGACCUGAACAAAUGGCGGAAGAUCAGCCUGACAGAGGAGGAGGCGGUGAGGGAGUUCGAGAAGAGAGCUUCAGAUCCGAAGUACGUACAGGGCACUUACACUUGUAAGGACUGCUACAAGGUUUUCUCUAAAGAGGACAUCAUGAGGCGACACAUGAAGCUGAAACACAAUCCGUCCAUCGGUCGAUUCGAGUGCCGUUUCUGCCGCGCCCGCUUCCGCCUGGAGUGCCACCUUCGCAAGCACGUCCGCAUCCACUUCACCAAGUACCAGUGCCUGGUCUGCAACCUAGUGGUGGCGAUAGAGCCAACAGCGCUUAUGCAUGAAGAGACGCACACAGGUGUGACAAGGACUUGCAAGUAUUGCGGCGAGGAGUUCCGGCACAUGUCCACGUACUACACACACUUGCGCACACACCGGAGCCGCCACGUGUGCGCCUCUUGCGGCGCCUCCUUCGUCAGCGAGGCGGGUCUGCACCAGCACAGGCGGGUGCGGCACGUCGACGACGAGCCGAGGCAGCAGCCGGCCGGCAAGACGUACUGCGAGCGAUGCCAGAUCGAAUUCGAGACCCCGAAGGCGCAUUCUGAACACCUCAACUCGUCGGCCCUUCAUGCUGACGUGGAGAAAGAAGACAACGAAGAGGUUCCCGCCCCGAAGAGGAGAUACAAGAGGCUGAGAUUCGGCAGAACGAGCAAGAAGAAGCCGACAACUUGUCACCAAUGCGGUAAACACUUCGACACGCAGACGCAGUGCAUGGCCCAUCACUACGAGGAGCACCCCGGCACCUCCUUCUGCCCCCCCAACGAGAGGCACAUCUGCGAGAUCUGCGGCGCUUCCCUAGCGCCGGGCAGCAUAGCGAUGCACCACAACAUCCACACGCGCGAGAAGCUGCAUAGCUGCGAGACGUGCGGCCGCCAGUUUCAUUCCACGGCCGGCCUCAAGCGGCACAAGGUGACUCACACAGGCGAAAAGCCGUACGAGUGUCCCCUUUGCGAGAAACGCUUCACCCAGAGCAACAGCAUGAAGCUCCACUACCGGACCUUCCACCUCAAACAACCUUACCCCAAACGCGUCAGGACUAAGAAGAAAGACGAUAUCCAAGAUGCAGUUCCGAUGGAGAGCGGUGAAGACUCUUUC